AUGCGGUAUAUCACGUGUUAUUUUAUAAAACCCAAUAUUNNNNUCAGUUGUGGUGGAAUGGGAGAUGAGGAGGCGAUACAGAGAACAGCUGACGAGGCUGCGGAGAGUAAAUGGAGUGCUGUGAGCAAGGGUUAUUAUAAUGACCCCUAUAUUAUGCAAAUGUGCCGGCACUGGGCGCAUCGUCAACCUGUGAUAAACAGGGGGUAUUUUGCUCGAGUGCAGGCCAUGAGAAAUGCGAUAUUGGAUUUCAUAAGUGAUGUUAAAGCAGAGGGAAAAGAUGCGAUUCAGAUAGUGUCCCUAGGAGCUGGCAUUGACACUACUUACUGGUGGCUAAGUGAUCAGGAGGAGAUUCGUGGGAUCAAACUUAGGUAUCUCGAGUUGGACAUGCCCGAAGUGGUGGAUCGGAAAACGAGUAUGAUAUUGCGGCGAGAGGCGCUGUGGAGCAGACUUGGAAAAUCCAAGGAUGAUCUCGUUAUCAAGGAUGGGUGCGGCGCGAGAUGUAUACGGGCGGACACGUACAGGUCGGCUUGUUGCGACUUGAGGGCUGUGGAGACGGUCUCGGGCGCUCUUGGAGAGAUAGGUUUUGAAUCCACUGGAGUACCGACAUUGUUCAUCGCUGAGUGUGUAUUGGUAUAUAUGCCUCCAGAAUCGAGUGACAGGUUGUUGUCGUGGAUUAGUGGGUCAAUCGAAGGAGCUGAGUGUCGAGUGUACGAGCAGUGCAAUCCUGAUGACCCAUUUGGACGGGUUAUGAUGGAGAACCUCAAGGGACGAGGAUGUCCACUUAUAGGUUUGGGAAAAUACCCUACUGUCCAGUCGCAGCGGGAGCGAUAUGAAACAUUGGGUUUCCCAUAUUGCAUUGUGAAGGACAUGCUUGCAAUCUACGAUGAUACUUUGAUGGACGAUAUGGACGAACAGAUCCGAGUCGCGCGCCUUGAAAUAUUUGAUGAAGUUGAGGAGUGGCAGCUGAUGAUGUAA